AAAAAACAGAAGUCCCAAAACCCUGUCCGAGAUAUCUUCUAAAACCCUAGACGCCGCCACCACCACACCACCGUGAUUGAACCAUGGGGAAGAAGAAGAACCAAUCCAACAAGAAACCAGACCAAAAAGGCGGCCCCAAAAAGAUGGGACCAGAAGCCGUCGCCAUGAAAGCCAAAGCCAAAAAAGCCGAUAACCCCUUCGAAUCAAUCUGGUCUCGCCGCAAAUUCGACGUCCUCGGAAAGAAACGCAAAGGCGAAGAGCGCCGCGUCGGUCUCUCCAGGUCCCGCGCCGUCGACAAGAGAAAGAACACUCUGCUCAAAGAGUACGAACAGAGCUUGAAAUCCUCUGUUUUUACCGAUAAGCGUAUCGGAGAGAACGACGGCGAGCUUGGGGAGUUCGAUAAGGGUCUUAUCCGAUCUCAGAGAGCUCGUCAGAUGAAGGCGAAGAAGAGUAUGUAUAAUUUAUCUGAUGGGGAGGAGGAGGAUGUUUAUGGAGAUGGAGCUCUUGGUGAAUCUUCUUCUGCAAGGGAUGAUUUUGAUUCCGGACUUUUGUCUGAUGAUGAUCUUCAAGAUGAUGAUGAUGAUGGUGGAUCAAGGAGACUUAAGCAUAGGAAUAAAGACUCACCUGAAGAGGAAGAGAGGCGUAAGAGUAAGAAGGAAGUCAUGGAUGAGAUUAUCAUGAAGAGCAAACUUGGCAAGAUGGAGAAAGCUAAGAACAAGGAGGAAAAGGAGAAGUUGUUGGAUGAGUUAAAUAAAGACUACAUGUCCAUGGAAAACUCUGAGGCGAUGAAGAGUUUAACUCAAGAUUUUAUCGUCCAAGAUGAGCCAAAUGAUAAAUAUGCAAUGUAUAUGGAUGCUUUGGCGUCUGAUCGUCGUGGUCGUCCUACUGAUAGAACAAAGACACCUGAAGAAAUUGCUCAGGAAGAGCGUGAAAAAUUAGAGGAACUUGAGGAAAAACGUAAGAAGAGGAUGCAAGAAACUGAGGAUUUAAGCGAUGAGGAUGAGGAAACUGGUGGUGAGGAGUCAUCAAAGAGGCUAAGAGUCAUAUCUGGUGAUGAUCUUGGUGAUUCCUUCUCAGUUGAUACUGAGAAGCCGAAAAAGGGAUGGAUUGAUGAAGUUCUUGAACGAGAGGAUGAUGAUGAUGAUUCAGAAAGUGAAGGAGAGGAUGAUGAUGAUGAGGAAGAGGAGUCAGAUGAUGAAGAACAGACAAAAGGUCAUCCUUUAAAGGACUGGGAACAAAGUGAUGAUGAGCUUGAGGCAGAGCUGGAAGGCGAUGAUGAAGAUGAUGAUGAUGAUGAUGAUGAUGAAGAAGAAGAAGAAGCAGAGCCAAUCGUACAUAAAAAGUCAAAGAAAGAGUCUGCUGCUCCAUCUAAAGGAGAAAGGUCAUCUGGAACAGUAAAACAAUCUACUAGUAUGAAGAAGUUGAGUUCAACGCAGAAUGAUAUUCCUUACGUAAUUCAUGCUCCACAGAGUUUCGAGGAAUUGAUUUCUCUAGUUGAAGAUCGAUCUAAUGCAGAUGUUAUUACAAUUGUUAACCGAAUCAGAACAACAGAUUCAAUUAAGCUUGCAGCUGAAAACCGCAAAAAGAUGCAGGUCUUCUAUGGUAUUCUCCUCCAGUAUUUCGCCGUCAAUGCAAACAAGAAGCCAUUGAACAUUGAGUUACUAAACAUGCUUGUCAAACCUUUGAUUGAGAUGAGCGGAGAGAUUCCCUACUUUGCUGCAAUCUGUGCUAGACAACGGCUUUUAAAGACCCGUGCGCAGUUUUGCGAGGCUAUCAAGAAUCCAGAGGAUGGAUGCUGGCCUUCAUUGAAAACCUUGUUUCUCUUGAGACUUUGGUCCAUGAUCUUUCCAUGCUCUGACUAUCGUCAUGCUGUGAUGACCCCUUCGAUAUUGUUGAUGUGUGAAUAUCUCAUGCGAUGCCCCAUCUCCUCUGGUCGUGAUAUUGCCAUAGGCUCUUUCUUGUGCUCCAUUGUUCUCUUGGUUGCUAAACAAUCUAAAAAGUUUUGCCCUGAAGCCAUACUAUUUAUCCGGACUCUUCUGGUGGCUGCUUCAGACAAAAAGUUACCACCAUCUGAAGAAUCUGAGUUUUAUCAUUUCAUGGAGUUAAAAACGCUGACUCCAUUUCUCUGCAUACAAGAGGAGGUAAAGGAGGUUGUGCCAUUAAACUUCUUAAAGAUAAUGGAUCAGCCAGCAGACUCUCCAUAUUUCAGCUCUGAUGAAUUCAGAGCAAGCAUCCUUUCAAGUGUAGUUGAGACUCUGAGAGGGUUUGUGGAGAUAAACGGAGGAUUGAGUUCCUUCCCAGAGAUCUUUACGCCUAUUUCAACUUUACUACACCAAGUUGGGGAUCAAGAAAAGAUCCCACAAACUCUUAGGGAGAAACUAGAAGAUGCUGCGCAGCUAAUCGAAACGAAAAGUGAGGAGCAUCACAAGCAACGCAAACCACUUGCUAUGCGUAAGCAAAAGCCAGUAGCCAUCAGAAUGCUCAAUCCCAAAUUUGAAGAGAACUUUGUCAAAGACAGGGAUUACGAUCCAGACAAGUACCGUUCAGACAUGAAAAAGUUGAAGAAGAAGCUAAAUGAGGAAAGAAAGGGAGUAGUGCGGGAGCUGCGCAAGGACAGCUACUUCAUGAGCGAUGUUAAAGCAAAAGAAAAGGCUGUACACGAGCAAGAGAGGGCAGAGAAACAUGGCAAGAAUCUGGCUUUCCUUCAAGAACAAGAACAUGCUUUCAAGUCUGGACAACUUGGUAAAGGCAAAGGCAGCAAGAAGAGGAAGCGUUAGAUUACCAUUAUCAACUACUUUUUGGUUCAACUUUUUAAUGGUUCCUCUUUUUUUAUUUAAACGUACCUCAACAAUUUUGUUUUUGUUGGAUAAUUGAGAGAAACUAAUCUACAUUCCUAAGAAAUCCAAAAAUGUUUAAUGCUUAGAAUAACAUUGUUUUUUGGUCAACCUUCGGAUCAAAACUUG